UCAGCGCGGGAUUGGCAGGGGACGCGCGGAUAGGGAGCCGGUGAACCCGGGGAGCCAGAGCCGGAGGGACCCCGUACCUGCUGCCGCCAAGCUCGGGAGCCAGGAGCAGACGACCGAGUCAUGUGGCUGGAAAUACUCCUCGCCUCAGUGCUGGGCUUUGUCAUCUACUGGUUCGCCUCCAAGGACAAGGAGGAAACUUUGCCACUUGAAGAUGGAUGGUGGGGGCCCGGGGUGAGGCCCACAGCUGGGGAGGACGAGAGCAUCCGCCCGUUCAAGGUGGAAACGUCAGACGAGGAGAUCAAUGAUUUACACCAGAGGAUUGACAAGGUCCGUUUAACCCCACCUUUGGAGGACAGCCGCUUCCACUACGGUUUCAACUCCAACUAUCUGAAGAAAAUCAUCUCCUACUGGCGGAAUGAAUUUGACUGGAGGAAGCAGGUAGAGAGUCUCAACAGAUACCCUCACUUCAAGACUAAGAUUGAAGGGCUGGACAUCCACUUCAUCCACGUGAAGCCCCCCCAGCUGCCCUCCGGCCAGACCCCAAAGCCCCUGCUGAUGGUGCAUGGCUGGCCUGGCUCCUUCUACGAGUUUUACAAGAUCAUUCCGCUCCUCACUGACCCCAAGAACCAUGGCCUGAGCGAUGAGCAUGUUUUUGAAGUCAUCUGUCCAUCCAUUCCCGGCUAUGGCUUCUCAGAGCCAUCCUCCAAGAAGGGCUUCAACUCAGUGGCCACUGCCAGGAUCUUUUAUAAGCUGAUGCUGCGUCUGGGCUUCCAGGAAUUCUAUAUUCAAGGCGGGGACUGGGGAGCCCUGAUCUGCACCAACAUGGCCCAGCUGGUGCCCAGCCACGUGAAAGGCCUGCACUUGAACAUGGCAUUCAUUUUAAGAAAUUUCUACACCCUGACCCUUCUCCUGGGAUGGCGUUUUGGGUGGCUUUUUGGCUACACCAAGAGGGAUAUGGAGCUGAUGUACCCCUUCAAGAAGAUCUUCUUCAACUUAGUGAGGGAGAGCGGCUACCUGCACAUCCAGAGCACCAAGCCGGACACCGUAGGCUGUGCUCUGAAUGACUCUCCCGUGGGACUGGCUGCCUACAUUCUAGAGAAGUUUUCUACCUGGACCAAUCCAGAGUUCCAAGACCUGGAGGAUGGAGGCCUGGAGAGGAAGUUCUCCCUGGACGAUCUGCUGACGGGCGUGAUGCUCUACUGGACGACAGGCACCAUCACCUCCUCCCAGCGCUUCUACAAAGAGAACAUGAGACUGGACAAUAAGCAUGAGGGGAUAAAGGUCCACGUGCCCAUGGGCUUUGCUGCCUUCCCUUGUGAGUUAAUACACGUCCCAGAAAAGUGGAUGAAGUCCAAGUACCCGAAGCUCAUCUCUUAUUCCUACAUGCCCCGUGGGGGCCACUUUGCUGCCUUUGAGGAGCCAGAGCUGCUCGCCCAGGACAUCCACAAGUUCAUGGGGCUGCUGGAGCGGCAGUGACCCCGGCGAGGACCCUGGCAUGGCAGGCUUCCUCCUGACACCCGCCCUUUUCCCCGGAAGCCCCCGGUCUCCCAGCCCAGCUCCCAGUAGAAGUGAGGCUGGCAGGGAGGCCCCCUCCCAGUCCCCUGUUGGUGGAGUUGCCCCUUUCCCCAGGAAUGUGCUUGCUUCCGUCCCCUGCCCGUGCUGGGACCCCACGCUCACCCCUCCACACAUACUCCCCACACACUUUGUUAAGCAACAUGGCUUUGAUGAUAAAUGAUUUUCCUUC